GAAACCAGCUGAGAGAAUAAAGGGUAGAGAAGACAAGAUGGCGGAGUGAGUGGGCUGCGCUUUGUACAGACGGUUGCGGCCCUUCAAGUUAGCAAAAAACGUUUUAAAGGACUUAAAAGGUCGAAGAGUAAGGAUACCAACGGAACUGCGAUCAAACAGGCAUUUUUUGCCCCUCAUCACCGAGGAGGUCCGCGCAUUUUUUUUCUUCCGCGGCGGUCCUUUUGACAACGUUAGCUUGAUGCUAACGUUAGCCGACAUUAGAUUUAGCGUUAAGUAAGUUAGCUGCUACUUCGAAGUAGCUGGGUGGUUACCGAAGGCCGUAAGCUUUUUCGGAUUUGGUUGUGGAUGUAUAUACGUUGAUACUGACACGCUAUUCAGUGAAGAGGUUUUAUUUUAACAAAGAUUCAUUCUAGCUGGUGGCCUAUGAAUCAAGCGAAUAGCGCCAGGAGAAAUCUUAAAAUAUAUAUAUAUAUAGAACUUGCUUGUUGCGUUGUUGUUAAUACCAUUCUUUGGAUAUACGAUUAGUCCAUAAAUACCCAUAUCAACAUCGACUGGACGUACAGGACUCUGUGUUCUGCUGUCACCCGGGCUGCCACACAGAAAUUUCUGAAGAGAAUCGGGAGGAGAUUGUCAUUUAGGACAUUAUGGCGAGCAGCAGUGGCUCCAAGGCCGAAUUCAUAGUCGGUGGAAAAUACAAGCUUGUCAGAAAAAUUGGAUCAGGAUCUUUCGGUGACAUAUAUCUGGCCAUCAACAUUACAAAUGGAGAGGAGGUAGCUGUAAAACUGGAAUCACAGAAAGCCAGACAUCCGCAGUUGUUAUACGAAAGCAAGCUGUACAAAAUCCUACAAGGUGGUGUCGGGAUUCCACACAUUAGGUGGUAUGGCCAAGAAAAGGACUACAAUGUCCUAGUCAUGGACCUGCUUGGACCCAGUCUGGAGGAUCUGUUCAACUUCUGCUCUCGCCGUUUCACGAUGAAGACAGUCCUUAUGCUGGCAGACCAGAUGAUCAGCAGAAUUGAAUAUGUACACACAAAGAACUUCAUCCACAGAGAUAUUAAACCAGACAACUUUCUCAUGGGCAUCGGCCGUCACUGUAAUAAGUGUUUAGACUCGUCAGUGGGGAAGAGGAAAAGAAGCUUGGCUGUUAGCUCUUCUCAGGACCCAUCUUUCUCAGGAUUAAACCAGUUGUUCCUUAUUGACUUUGGGUUGGCGAAGAAGUACCGAGACAACCGAACAAGACAGCACAUCCCCUACAGAGAAGACAAGAACCUGACUGGCACAGCACGCUAUGCCUCCAUCAAUGCGCACCUGGGCAUUGAACAGAGUCGCCGUGAUGACAUGGAGUCACUAGGCUACGUGCUGAUGUACUUCAACAGAACCAGUCUGCCGUGGCAGGGAUUAAAGGCUGCCACAAAGAAGCAGAAGUAUGAGAAGAUUUCAGAGAAGAAGAUGUCCACACCUGUUGAGGUCCUCUGCAAGGGUUUUCCAGCAGAGUUUGCCAUGUAUCUGAACUACUGCCGUGGCUUGCGUUUUGAAGAGGCUCCAGACUACAUGUACCUGCGCCAACUGUUCCGCAUCCUCUUCAGGACUCUGAACCACCAGUACGACUACACAUUUGACUGGACCAUGCUGAAACAGAAAGCAGCCCAGCAGGGGGCCUCCUCCGGGGGCCAGGGCCAGCAGGCACAAACCCCCACAGGCAAGCAAACUGACAAACCCAAGCCUAACAUGAAAGGUUUCUGAGUGGUCUCUGCCUAGAGCGGAGCUGCAGAAGUGUUGGUGACCAGGACCAACAAGUCUCUCUUCCUGGACAAACGACGAACAGAAAGUCUGUGUCUCUCCUUCCAUAAUAACUAUCUAUGUAAUGGAAAUGUAUAGAUUUACACACUGUGCUGUGUUAUCUAUAUAUUCAUAAUGUAUAUAUAAUAAAACUCUGCACUCCGAAAGAAAAGAAGAGUGAAAAAGAAGGUUUUUUGGAUGUGGAGGCUUUAGCCCCCUGCCCCACCCCAGACACACAUACACCCCUCCCCUCAUCCAUCCCUGUCUCUGUCCACCUUUCAAUGUUGACUUUUUGUAAGAUUUCUUUGGAAACUGAAGUUAAGAAGAUUGUCAGCUGACCCCCUGUUUUCUCUUGCAGUGGAAACAUCUCAAAGCAUCUCUUCCUGUCUUCACUCCUUCAUUAUUUCACUCCCUCACUUCUUUUACCACGCAAAUGUUAAAACAUAUAAACCUGAACUCUUUUCUCCUUUUUUUUUGUUUCUGAAAUAAUUGAAUGAUGCAACCCUGGAUGUUAUUUACUAAAAAAUCAAAAAAUGUUGGAUUGUUUCUUUUUUGUUUUCCUAUGGUGAUUAGGAGUUUGCCUGUUGACAAUAUAAGCAGCUCAUGGCAACAGUCAAUGAUAGAAUGAUACUCUGGCUCUCUCCCUCUGUCUUUAGAGCUCUGAAUCAUUAUUAUUAUUAUUAUUAUUAUUAUUAAAUCUGUUGUAAAACCUAUGGUCUUCUCCAAAAAUACCAAUAAAAACAUGACAUAACCUCCACGCACAAGU